AUGAAUGUAAAUACUACAAACUGUAAUGAACUAAUAGAUGAAUUGAAAUUUAUGUGGAUAGAACAUGAAUUAGGACCACAGCGAAUGUCGUUAACACGUCAAAUUUCAAUCGGUAUUGUAUAUACUUCUAUUUUUUGUACUGGUCUACUUGGUAAUUUAGCUACAUGUAUCGUAAUUGCUCGUAAUUCGUUUAUGCAUACCAGGACAAAUUGUUAUUUAUUUACAUUAUCUGUCAGUGAUUUAUUAUUAUUAAUUUUUGGUCUCCCUUUUGAACUUCAAACUGUUUUGGAUAAAUCGUAUCCAUGGAGAUUGGGAACAGUCUUUUGUCGGUUCAGAAUCUUUUUAACUGAAUUAUGUCCGUUAGUAAGUAUACUGAUCUUAACAAUAUUCAGCGUUGAACGAUAUUUAUCAAUAUGUCAUCCAUUUAGAAGAAUUUUACGAUUUUCACAGUAUGAUACUGGACAUCCGUGUAAUCGUACUUCAUAUAUGCAUAAUGUCAAUAGUAAAGCAUCUCACAGUAGUGAAAGAAUAUCAAAAGUAAUGAAUUCACAGAUGAGAAACAGUACACAAAUACAUUGUUCAAAUGGUCAGCCACAUUAUAAACGUGGCCAUACACCGUAUAUGGUACAAAUCAAUGCUCUUAAAUCAUGCUUUCUAUUAAUUUUCUGUGUCUGGAUUAUUGGCAGUUGUUGUGCUAUAGUAAUCGCUGGAUUGUCAAAAGUAUUUUAUGCUGUCAAUUUACCUACCAUUGAUGCAUUUAUAAAUAAUACGUGCACUGAUCAUUAUCACACUACAGUGAUUCAAUUUUAUUUGACACCUGACUGUUUAUUAAACAGUGAGAUGUGGACACCAGGUGAAGCUUUACCCGACUCAGCAGUAUGUGCACCGUCUAAUGAUUCAAAAUGGGCUGCAUAUCUCAGUAUUCCAGUCGUUUUACAAUUAUGGACAUUUUUAUUCUUUUUUACUCCAAUGGUUAUUAUGUCUGUUUUGUAUGGAUUAAUGGCGAUACAAUUAAGCCAUUCAAAUCUCGGUCUUCGUGCACAGAGUAAGUCCAAACACGGAAAGGGUAAAUCAUCUUCAUGCAGCAUAUCCAAAACUCGUUCAUCAGGAAACUGUCGAAGAGGUAUUGUUAGAAUGUUAGCAUUGGAAUGGCGUUGGUGUAAACCGGAAUCUCCACUGCAGUCCUUCCAGCUGUCUGAAAAUGAUAAGACUGUUACAUUUCAUCCGACUAUUAGCUGGGGCACAGCUGUUGCACGUGGGACUGCCCUACUAACGAAUGGCCUUCACUAUUGGGAACUUAAAGCUGUAUCUCCACUUUAUGGGACAGAUGUGAUGGUUGGAAUCGGUCGAACAUGUGCAAAACUAGAUCAUUAUUCACAAGAAUUCCGUUCGGUACUUGGUAUUGAUUGUGAUUCGUGGGGAUUAAGUUAUCGUGGUGCACUUAUGCAUGAUGGUCAAACAUAUCCCUUGGGAUCUUGCGCUUUCAAAAAGGGUAGUAUAAUUGGCUGUCUUCUCGAUUUGUGGCAUUUAAAGCUUUACUUCUACGUUGAUGGACAAUUGAAUCCGAAUGCUUGUUUCAAUCUGCCACGUGAUAAUUAUUAUCCAAUGGUAUCUUCAACUACGUUACGAAGUGGUUUUCGUUUGAUUCGUGCAAAAUCUUACCCAAUCACAUUGCAAUAUUUAAUAUGCCAGUAUUUUCUACACCAGCAACAAAAGCAACCAUCGCUUCAUGCCUAUUUCAAUUUGACCACUUUAAAAUUUCCUGCUGGUCUUCGGGAAAUUUUAAGCAACACUUUACCUCACUCACUAUUCUUCAAUCAAAUCCAACAAUUAUCCUUCAUUUAUAAUGAUGUAAACAAAGCGCCAUCUCUUCUGCCUGUUGACUCACCUGAUCCUUUCUUAUGGAUUAGUUUUUCUCCAUCUGAUUCAAAUGAUUUAAACAGUAGUACAAAGGGCGAUAUGGAUAAAUUUGACAUUGAACCAUGCUCUCCGGAAGAGUUCGAUUUGUAUUCGGAUGAUUUGUUGAAUGAACGUGAGAGAUCAGUAGACAAAGAAGAUGAUAGUUCUUAUGAAAAUCAUCCAACUUGUGAUGGAAUAAAUGAGACCAAUUUUUAUAUAUCUACAACUACUGAAAGCAGUCAAAAAAGGCGUUAUCAAGCUGCCAUGUCCGCAAAUUGUGUGUUAGACAGACUAUUUGUUUUGGCUGCAAAAUCUACCAAAAAGGACGAUAAGUCUAGUGAACCAACAUCCCAUCUGAUGCGUAAUAUGAACUCUGUUGUUUAUGACCAUGCACUCUGGGGUGAAUUUGACGAAUAA